AUGGUGAUGAAGACCUGCCUGCAGAGACACGCACCCGUUGUGCCCAAAAUAGCCGAGGGAGUGAUGAUGUUGAAGAAAAGGGGUUCAGGCCACGAGUCUUUCGAUCGCAUGCUCAAGCCAGUACAGUAUUUCUUAGACCGCAUAUACAUGAGCCGAGUAGGAAUGAUGAUCCUCUCGGGUGCGCAUGUACGGAACUUCGAUUCGUCUCACGCGUCUACCAAUGAGAACUACUCGAGUAUAGACGUCAAGUGCAAUAUUGUCAAUGUCAUCAAGGAAGCGGCGGACAACGCAAAGUUCCUCUGUGAACAGUACUACGAGACUUCGCCAGAUGUCAACAUAAUAACGGGAUCGCCUGAUUUUCAAUUUCCAUAUAUUCCGUCGCAUCUGUACCACAUCAUGUUCGAAUUGCUGAAGAAUAGUAUGAGAGCAGUCGUGGAGCAGCAUCAAGGCGGCCCACUUCCCGCUAUCAAGGUUAUAUUGACUCACGGCACAGAAGAUCUCACCAUAAAGCUAUCCGAUGAGGGCGGUGGUAUAUCCCGCAGCGAUAUUGGACAGAUCUUCACAUACCUAUACACCACAGCUGAGGCUCCGAUGGAGGAAGAAGACUUGACCAGCCAAGACAUGAAAAAUGCUCCCCUGGCUGGAUUUGGCUAUGGUCUGCCCAUAAGUCGUCUGUAUGCACGAUACAUGGGUGGUGAGCUCAAGAUUGUUUCCAUGGAGGGAUAUGGCACAGACGCCUUUGUGUACUUGCUUGCGUCAGCGGACAAGGCCGAAGAAGUCUUACCAGAGUUCACACGCAGAGAAAUGAAACAGUACACAAUCACGGGGUCUAUGAGUGACUGGUUGCUGCCUCCUGAAAAACUGGUAGAUAAGAAAGGGGCGGACUGAUCAGUUGGCUGUUAUUAGAUCGGUGGACCGAGUGGCGAGCAAAUUUUAUAUCGGCGAACUGGCAGGCGGGCUAUUUGUAGAUCGGCGUUAUUACGUCCCGUAAAUUUCGAUAACGCGUGAUUCUCCACGAUCAAUAAGGACGGC